CCCAAAUAUUUGAAGUAAACCCACUCCACAAACGUAAUAAAAAAGCUACUAUCUUCAGCUACGUCUCUAUGGUGAAACCAAUCACGUCACGCCACGUUUUCGAACAGGUUUGUCGUUUUUGGUACCAUCACCAUGGUUCGGGCGUUCGGUGAUGCGCAGCACGCACAGAGCACACAGUAGAAUUAGAGAAUCCCACCCACGAAGAAUCUCAUCAAAUUCAAAAAAAACCUCUUCAUUUAAUCCUCAAUUCUCAAAUCAUUAUUUUUUUUUUCUUUCUGAAACUGGGAAUUUACAAGCACUUCGUCAAACAUCAUUAAACUAAUCGAAUUCAUAUUUAAUGUAAUACCCGUCUUCUCCACAGCAACUCUCUUAUUAUUUCACCAUCAUAUUCCCCCAAAAAAUCAGUAGAGAGAUAAAACCAAAAAACCCCACCAAAUAUUCUCCUGUGAAAAACAACCGAAUGCAAUAAAGCAAACCCUUCUUCUCCUUCUUUUGUUUCUGCUUCCUUUUCUUGCUAUUCGGAUUGUUUUUCAGCUACUAGAAUAUUUAUGAUGGCUCAACCGGCGAGGAGGUAUUAUGUGGUGGGGGAUUAUAUGGUUGGGAAGCAGAUAGGGGCUGGUUCUUUCUCGACGGUGUGGCACGCCCGCCACCGCGUCCACGGCACAGAAGUCGCCAUCAAAGAAAUUGUCACCGCUCGAUUGAAUCCCAAAUUGCACGAGAGCCUCAAGUCUGAGAUUUUUAUACUCAAAAGAAUCAAUCACCCUAAUAUUAUCCGCUUGCACGACAUGAUCGAGGAAUCUGGAAAGAUAUACAUUGUUCUGGAGUACUGCAAAGGGGGUGACCUUUCGAUGUAUAUUCAACAACGGCAUGGAAAAGUCAGUGAAGCAACUGCAAAGCACUUCAUGCAGCAGCUUGCGGAGGGUCUGAAAGUUCUUCGUGAGAACAACCUCAUACACCGGGAUUUGAAGCCCCAGAAUCUACUUCUUUGCACCAAUGACGAUAACAGUGUCCUGAAGAUUGCUGAUUUCGGGUUUGCCAGGUCUCUACAACCUAAAGGCCUUGCAGAAACCCUAUGUGGUUCGCCACUGUACAUGGCUCCAGAAAUAAUGCAGUUCCAGAAAUACGACGCAAAGGCAGAUCUCUGGAGUGUCGGUGCCAUUCUUUUUCAACUCGUCACUGGAAAAACCCCAUUUACAGGCAAUAAUCAGCUACAGCUGCUACAAAACAUUAUGAGGUCAAUUGAGUUGCAGUUUCCACCGGAGGCCAGGAAUUUGAGCCCCCACUGCACAGACUUGUGUAGAAAACUGCUUCGUCGUAAUCCAGUGGAGCGUCUGACAUUUGAAGAAUUCUUCAACCAUCCAUAUCUUUCCGACAGGCAGCCUGCCGAGUCAUUCAGGAAUAGGCAACCACAAAGAUUAUUAAAUGAUUUCCCACAAUCCGAGAGGAAUACAACAGCCGAAAGUUCACAAGAUUAUUGCUUACCCUUUAGUCUAGACGAUGAUUCCAGCUCACCUCCAUCUCCGAAAAACCCCACCAUGAGAUCCACUUACGGGUUUUCUCUUGAUUCGAAAUCUCCUGCAAACGUGGCCCCACGUAAAACAGAAAUCACCGGGUCCCGUCUGGGCAGCAGGCAACUUUCAGAUAGGAAUCUAAAAGAUUCUCUUAAAAUUACGGAUCUUGGAUCGCUAGAUAAUCAUCCAAAAGUUGUAGAUUCAUUAGAGUCAAUCGACCGGGAUUAUGUAAUCGUGUCAGGUCAUCCACUAGAUUCCUCUUCUUCAGCACGUGCAGUCAACCAAAGCCAUUCUCCACCUAAAACCACUAUUUCGCCACUCGAUUCCGGAAAUAUAAACAUGGUGUCCAGUGGACCACAGCCAAUGAUUGGUCGAGAAGACGAUAAUGGGAUUCUAGAAAGUCGAAUCUUGAUUCCUACAACUUCCGAAAGGUCAAUGGUUACAACAGGUAACACUUUAGAGCAGCCGUCAUCUGACUGCAUGACGAGGAUCAAGUCAUUACAGCAUUGUGCUUCUUGCAUUACCGCAUUAGUGAACGAAAAGAUUGGGGGAGGAAAGCAACUCGAGGCGUUUUCAGUUCAGCUCGUAAUUCUUGCUAUAUGGAAGCAAGCGUUGCAUAUAUGUCAUACUUAUGCAGCGUCGGCUAGUGAAGGAAGUUCGAGCCAAGAGACUACCAGAUUGAGAGAAGCUUCCAGGGCUCGAGAUUCUCCAGAUUCCCGAGAGUUUACUCUUGAUAUUGCUAAUGCACAAGAGCCACACGAUAUUUGUUUGCAGAUAGAGAGAGCUUUUCUUGGUGAAGUUGAAACUGCUGAAGAACUUGCUAAAGUGAUAGAGCCCGGAAAUAUGGAGAUGCCAGAUGCAAUGGAGUUGGUGUUUCAGUCUGCCCUUGCAUUCGGCAAAAGCGGAGCUGUUGUUGAAUAUAUGGGGAACGUGGAAAAUGCGGUGGUUUUGUAUGCAAAGGCAGUGGAUUUGCUAGUGUUUCUACUAGUGGAAGCUCCAUGCCUGAUUCUAAACCCUCCGUUUUCGCUGACAAACUCGGAUCGGUAUCGUAUACGUAAUUACAUAGAUGCCCUCAAUAACAGGAAAAAGAUUUCACAGUCUCAAAGAAUGGCUUUGUUCAAAGCUGACGUGGAUCGCCCCUGCACCUCCUGAAACUCAUCUCAUGUUUUCUUCUUUCUUCUUCUCUGGGCAUGUAAAUAACUUUGGUGUGCUUCUGGAAAUAAAUAAAUAAAUAAAAAUUGCCUCCCAAAUAUUAUGAUUUUUUUUUUUUUGAACAUAUCAAAUAUUAUGAUAUUGAUCAUUAAGUGAGUUAGUG